GCGCUGUCAAACGUCUCGCACCAAUAUCAACUUCCGGGCAAAUGUCGCUCUUUUCCCGUCAUCAAGCUCCGGCUGUUGGAACACAUUUCGUUUAAUCCGCGAAAAAAAUCCCAAAAUGUCCGACGUUGAAGUUGAAGCCCCGGUCGCUCCGGUCGACGGAACCAUGGACGUCAACACUGCCCUCCAGGAGGUGCUGAAGAAGUCGCUGAUCGCCGACGGGCUUGUGCACGGAAUCCACGAAGCGUGCAAGGCCCUGGACAAGCGUCAGGCCGUGCUGUGCAUCCUGGCCGAGAGCUGCGACGAGCCCCAGUACAAGAAGCUGAUCACGGCCCUGUGCAACGAGCACCAGAUCCCGCUCAUCCGAGUGGACUCGAACAAGAAGCUCGGCGAGUGGUCCGGCCUGUGCAAGAUCGACAAGGAGGGCAAGCCGCGCAAGAUCUGCGGAGCUUCCUGCGUGGUGCUGAAGGCUUACGGUGAGGAAACCCCAGCUCACGACGUCAUCAAAGAGCACCUGAAGCAGCUCAGACAGUCGAGCUAAGCUGUGCUGUGCGUGUGCGUUGUAUUAAAGGAAGAGGAUGUUUGCUAAACUAUUAAUACAGAAAUGGAUACAAACUCGUGAA